GUGUGGAUGGCUCGCAUGCUCCUCUCAUACGUCGAUAGGCAAGAGUGCCAGGCCGACGUGUAUUCUGAGUGGCUGGUAGACCUGGGGAUGCACGCCUCCUUGAACACGUAUUGGCGCUACGUAGAUCAUUUCUUGUCGAUCAAGGCAUCAAGGUAAGAGAAAGCUAUAUAAGCAACUACUCCUUCAUUUCCUUCACUACAUUGCUCCAUCCGAUACAUCUCAUCACCCAAACAUCAGACGAACAGUCACCACAUCAGACACCAGACCUAUUUUCCAGUCUUCAUCACACUCUAUCAACAACCAUGUCAGGCCCUUACGAUCAACAUCUUGCCUUCUCUCAACAUUACGACCACAACAAUCAAUACUACAGCCAGAACUCUUACCCCAGCGAGGGCUUCUCUGGGUCAUAUCAACCCCAAGCAUACCACAACCCUCAGAAUUACUAUCCCGACACACGUGGCUCCUCCUAUCCCGACAACAGCCACCAGCAGGGCGGCGCCAACACCACUUACUACAACGACAGCACCAAUCCGCAAGGUCCCGAGGCAGAUCGCGGACUGCUCGGUGCAGCUGCUGGCGGCGCCGCUGGUGCCUUUGGCGGUCACAAGGCCGGCCACGGGGUGUUGGGUGCUCUAGGUGGAGCCAUUCUCGGUUCCCUGACUGAAGACUACGCAAAGAAGCACAAGAAGCACGGCAACAAGCCGGGCAAACACAACAAACCCAGUCACGGCUAUCGCGACAGUGGCAGCUACGCGAGCAACAACAGUCAAAACUUUGCCUCGGGUGGCCUUGGGUCGGUGGCAAGCAGCUUUUUCAACAGGAAGUAGGAUGGGGAUUGAUAUGGGCUUUCGAAUGAUGUGACGGGCUUGUUUUGCAUGAGUGGGCGUUGGGUCUGGAACGUUUGGGGAUAUCAACAACCGUGGUUAGGAUAGCAUCUGUGGGCGCCUGGACUUUGAACUUUGAUAUUGGUUAGGUGUUUUCAGGCACUCUGUUGAUACCCGACUACUUAUGCAGAAACUGACAUGUGGCUUCUUGCACCAUGUCGCCUUGAGAUCCAAGGUCUUCCAAAUUCAAAUAACCAUGUCAAUUGUGAUGCUUGUUCUAGCUGUCUGCG